AUGAUGUUUCAACAACAGCAACAACAGCAACAACAACAACAACAACAACAAGAAGAAACACAAGUUCCACGAACCAUGUAUCCUUUGAACAAGACUUGCCAAGAGUAUUCCGAACCAGAUGUGGACAGCAGCGAUCAAUCCACAACCUCUGCCACCUCGAGCGUCGAGUCGGAAUUGGAUUCCGUGUUGGACCUGAAACAGAAACCAGCAGCCGGCAGCAAUUCAGAUAAUCAGGAGGAGGAAAGUAAGGAAUCGUCCUUCAACAGCUUGCGUUUGAAUUAUUUAAUGGUGAUUCUAGCCAUCAUGCUGGCGGAUGGUCUGCAAGGAACCCAUCUAUACGUCCUAUACGAAGGCUACGGUUUCUCGGUAGCUUCCCUCUAUGCACUCGGAUUCCUGACGGGAGCCGUCACCACACCCCUCACUGGAUCUCUAGUAGACAAGUUUGGACGAAAGUGGUCGGCCAUCAUUUACUGCAUUCUCGAAAUUAGCAUUAACCAGCUCGAGCAGUAUCCCUUUUUGUGGGGACUCAUUAUCAGUCGCAUGGUGGGUGGAAUCACAACGAAUCUGCUCUCCACCGUCUUUGAGGCUUGGUUGGACACGGAAUACCGCAAACGAGGAUUGCCAGACGAUCAAUAUGAAAUUAUCAUGAGAGAUUCGGUGAUUAUUAGCAACCUUGCGGCCAUUGCCAGUGGAUACCUGGCACAUGUCCUUGCCGAAUCCUACGGUCCCGUGGGACCCUUCAAGGGGGCCGUCACUUGUACCUCUCUUGCCUUGAUUGUGGUGGCUACCCUGUGGACUGAAAACUACGGAAGUGACAAUUCUUCCAAGGAACAAGAACCACAAGCGCAAGGAUCAUCUACAUCCUCUUCUCCCAAGCCUGCUGCUUGUGAAGAAAAGAGUCUCAAAGACUACGUCCAAGAGACUGUUUCCGUCUUUCGCAAUGAUUCCAAAGUCCUUCGAGUUGGAAUCAUUCAAGGAUUUACAGUGGGAUGCUUGCAAAUUUUCAUUUUCCUUUGGUCUCCCACCCUUGCGGAAUUUGCCAAGACAUCGACCUUUUCCCAAGCGCUGGACAGCAAUGGUCAACCAGCCUAUGGACUAAUCUUUGGUGCCUACAUGGCGGCAGGGGUCCUUGGAGGACUCUCUUCCCCAUUUUUGCGCCGCGCCAUUUCGGCCCUACUCACUCCCAUGUCCUCGGAAGCGGCCAAGAGUGAAGUGGUCCUCACCGAAGAUGGAGAAGAAGAACAUGUCCGACCCAUGGCGGUGGAAUUCAUGGCUUCUCUCGGAUAUAUUAUCUGUGCAGGAUUGCUAUUUGUUCCAGUGGUCAUGGAUCCUACCGAUGAAAACUCGUUUGCCAUUUCCCUUGGAGCCUUGUUGGUCUACGAAUUCCUCGUGGGGGUUAUCAUGCCCUGCGAAGGUAUCAUUCGUUCCCUCUACUUGCCCAAAGAUUGCCGCGCAUCCAUCAUGGCCCUACCACGAAUGAUUGUCAAUGUUCAAGUCUCUUUGGCGGUCAUUAUGACUACCAAGGUGACUCAUCAAUCGGCCUUUGCGGUCAUUGCCUUUUUAAUGGCUGCCGCCGCGGCCUUGCAAAUGUCAUUGAUCAGUACGCAAGAAUGGGAAUCCCUCUUUGCCAAUGCCGAACAUGGACGACGCAAGUCGAUGGAAGUCUUGAGACGUUCGUCUUCCAUGUUGUCUUGCAGUAGAAACCUUUCCCAAACGGUAGGACUUUUGGACGAAGAUAACAACAAGUGCAAGGAGGAAUAA